UGAUUGGCUCGUGACGUGACUGUCUCGGCCUCAUUUUGCAAAUUGCCAUGGGGUUCGUCAAGACAGCGUACUUGGUGCUGUUCAACAUUGCGAGCAGCAUCGGGUGGGCGUACGUGCUCGGCCAAACCUUCCAGUUGGUGUACACAGACCAAGACAUCGCGCUGUCGUCGGCCAAGUUGUGGGGGAUCAUCGAAACGCCGUUGACGGUCGUCCAGACGAUGGCGGUGUUCGAAGUCUUGCACGCGCUGUUGGGUCUCGUGCGGUCGCCCGUCGGGUCGACCUUCCUGCAAGUCAGCUCCCGUCUCUUCCUCGUGUGGGCCAUCAACGUGCUGUGCCCCGACUCCCGAUACCACUGGGGAUUCAUCCUCAUGGUGGCAUCGUGGUCGCUCGUGGAAGUCCCUCGCUAUGCGUUUUACGCGCUCAACUUGCUGGACGCGGUGCCGGACUGGCUGUUUUUCCUCCGUUACCACUUGUUCAUGGUGCUGUACCCGAGCGGUGUCACAGGCGAAGUGUCGUGCAUGUUGAAGGCGCUUCCGUUCCUGUCCUCCGGAGCGUACUCGAUUCAAAUGCCCAACACCCACAACAUCUCGCUGUCGCUGUACGUGGUCGUGCUCUUGACGCUGGUCGUGUACGCCCCUGGCUUGCCCUUCAUGUACACGCACAUGAACGUCCAACGCAAGAAGGCAUAUGCUAAGAAGAACGAAGCAACCAAGACCCUCAAGAAGGAGUAAUAAUAUCGCCUUGUCGACAUACGUUGAGACCUUGACGUUAUCAAUUCCUUGUCGUCUUCACUUUCCACGUGCCCAAUAAUAUGCGUACAUACACUUGACAUGACCCUCCUCA